UCAGAAUAUAGUAAAGAAUAAACAUAAUGCCAAAGGCUCAAAAGAAGAAAUUCACUACGGCUUCUGAUCCUACUGGAUCUAAAGUGGCUGCAGAAAAACAUUUAAAUUCUGUAUUUAAAUUUAAUACUAAUUUAGGUCAACAUAUAUUAAAGAAUCCAUUAGUAGCUCAAGGUAUUGUUGAUAAAGCUAAUAUAAAACCAAGUGAUAUUGUAUUAGAAGUUGGUCCAGGUACUGGGAAUUUAACUGUUCGUAUAUUAGAACAAGCUAGAAAAGUAGUGGCUGUAGAAAUGGAUCCUAGAAUGGCAGCAGAAUUAACUAAAAGAGUUCAUGGAACUCCUCAACAAAAGAAGUUAGAAAUUUUAUUAGGAGAUUUUAUGAAAACUGAAUUACCAUAUUUUGAUGUUUGUAUAUCAAAUACUCCUUAUCAAAUAUCUUCUCCAUUAGUAUUUAAAUUAUUAAAUCAACCAAGACCUCCAAGAGUUUCAAUUUUAAUGUUUCAAAGAGAAUUUGCUUUAAGAUUAUUAGCAAGACCUGGUGAUUCAUUAUAUUGUAGAUUAUCAGCAAAUGUUCAAAUGUGGGCUAAUGUAACUCAUAUAAUGAAAGUUGGAAAGAAUAAUUUCCGUCCUCCACCUCAAGUUGAAUCAUCAGUUGUUAGAAUAGAAAUUAAACAACCAAGACCAAAUAUUGAUUUUAAUGAAUGGGAUGCUGCUGAUAAUGAUGAAUCAAUGUCAGUAGAUAAUCUGAGUCAAUAUACUGAAAUUGUUAAAAGUAAAAUUGAACAAGUCUUGACUCAAACUGAAUUUUCUGAUAAGAGAGCUUCUAAAUUGGAUCAAACUGAUUUCUUAAAACUUUUAUACGCUUUCCAUCAAGUUGGAAUCCAUUUUGCAUAAUUUCAUUCCCCUUUCAUUUCUGUGUAUAAUAGAGUAAAUAUUAAUAAAAUU